CCUUUGCCUGCUACACCAAGUAAUCAGGGAAAAAAGAGACGUUGCCAAACCGACCAGCAAAUUUCAUUGCUCUAUGCCCUCCAUCUAUCUGAAUGCUGCAUGCCACCCACAUCAGUAUCCGCCCAGCAGUCAUGCACGCCUCUGUUACCAAAGCAAGGAUGGCUAAAGCUUUCCGAACCAUCAUUUACUCAAACAGAUUCAUUUUUGUCUCAGCAUCAGCCAAAUUUUUGUACUCUGUCUGUAAGCCAAGAAAGUGAUCUUAAAUUGGCUUCAUACCUAGCCAAAGAUAAUCUGCCUCCAGAAUUGCUUCCUAUCUCGCAAUCAAAUCCUUCGGAUUCUAAUAUUAGCAUCAGCUGCUUACCUUCGUUGAUUGGAACUACCCCUCCGCAGAACACUUCCAGUAGAGAAACAAACAAUAGUAAAAAAUAUCUCGCCACCGAAAUUAGUGUUAGAGGUCCAGUGACACCAGCCUCCGACAUUUAUAGUCUGGCUCGGCUUAUAGAAACCACACUGACAGAGCCUGUAUGCUUAACUUCAAAUGAUACUACUUGCCAGCUGUUGAUACAGGAUAGAAAUAGCAAGCAGCAGAAGCCACGCCGCACUAGACUUCUACAUUCAAAACUGGUUUCCGGUUCAUGCCACUCCAUACCAAGAAUUGCUAAUACUUCAGGCACAUCAACUCGAUUUUUAAGAUCUGCAUCUCCCCUCUCAUCCCCGUCACAGUCUGUUUCAAGAUCUCCAUCCUGUUCAUCCGAGGUUUCUUCCACUAAAAUUUCUCAGAAUAACGAUAUUAGUAAGAGCUAUUUUGGAGCUGCUAACCAUGGCUGCUUGACUUUCACGACUCCUUCCAAGGCCAGUGACUCAAUAUCUACCACUUCCCCACCAACUGGUCAAGAAGAUCGAACUUUUAAUACGCGAAUGAAGAUGGUAGCUGAACAAAACUCCAUAUCCGAACAUCACAAACGGUUUAAAUCCAGUGCCUUAGGGGCUAGAAUAACGUGCAACUCUUGGGCUACUAGCCGUGAAUUCGUACUAAAUAGUCUUAGACCGACUUUGGCAGCUGCUUUGCGCGAAAAACCUGAGGACAGGCUGUCUCUUGAUCAGCUGCAUCGUGUGCUUGUGCAUGUUUUCUGGACUACCGACUAA